CAUUCAAGUGUAUCUCCCUCUGUGAUCCUGAGGGUGUCCAUGCCUUCAUCCUGGUCCUACCUGUGGAUUGUUUGAGAGACGAAGACAAGGGAGAGUUAGAGACCAUCCAGGACACAUUCAGCUCUCGAGUCAAUGACUUCACCAUGAUUCUGUUCACUGUGGACUCAGAUCCUACAGAUCCAGCUGUUGAAAAUAUAUUAAGUAUAGACAAAGACAUCCAGAAGCUUCUUCAGACGUUCAGACAAAGACAUGUGGUUCUCAACAUCAAAGACAAACAGCAGAUUACAAAGAUGUUUGAGGUUGUGGACAAAAUUAGUGAUGCCACAAACAAACCACACUGUUAUACAAAGACAACAUUUCUACAUGCACAGAUGGACAAAGUCUUACAACAAGAUAAAUCCAUACAGAUGCAACAUGAUGAACUUGAGAAGCUGAAGACGAACAUGAUGACUUGUGAUGAAGUUGAAGGAAAAGAGUCAGACUGUCUCAGGAUUGUGCUGAUUGGGAAGACCGGCUGUGGAAAGAGCUCUACAGGAAAUACGAUUUUAGGAAACGACAAGUUUAUAGCUGCAUCAAGUCAAAUAUCAGUCACACAAUAUUGUAAGAAGGCAGAGGGCGAGGUGGACGGUCGUCCUGUUGUUGUGGUCGACACUCCUGGUCUGUUUGACACAAGUUUGUCCAAUGAUGAAGUUCGGGAGGAGUUGGUGAAAUGUAUCAGCCAGCUGGCUCCAGGACCGCAUGUCUUCUUGGUGGUGAUAGGGGUUGGUAGAUUCACAGCAGAGGAGAGAGAAACGAUCAGGCUCACUAAAAGAUUCUUUGGGAAGAACUCAGAAAAGUUCACCAUCGUUCUUUUCACCAGAGGAGACGAUCUGGAGCGUCAGGGAGAGUCUAUUGAUGAUUACAUCAAGAACAAAUGUCAUGAUUCCUUUAAGAAGCUGAUCUCUGACUGUGGAGGACGAUACCAUGUGUUCAAUAACUCUGACAAGCAAAACCGCACACAAGUCAGUGAGCUGAUAGCAAAGAUUGACACCAUGGUGAAGGACAAUGGAGGAAGCUUCUACACCAACGAGAUGCUGCAAGAGGCUGAAACUGCGAUAAGGAAGGAAAUGCAGAACAUUUUAAAGGAGAAGGAAGACGAGAUGCAGAAGGAAAAGGAAGAGAUUGAAAGAAAACAUAAGCAAGAAAUGAAAGCAAUGAAAAGAAGAAUGGCAGAAGAGAGAGAAAAAAUAGAAAACGAGAGAAAACAGAAAGCUGAAGAACUCGAGGAAAUGAAGAACAAAAUUGAGGAAGAACAAGAGAAGAAAAAAAAAGAAGAAGAAAUGAGAGAAAAGGAGGAAAAGGAAAAGGACACUGGAGAAGAAAGAUAUCGACAACAAUUCAAAGAAGAACUUGAAAAGUUGGACAGACAAAUUCAUUUGGAAAAAGAGGCAAAGGAAAGUGUCGACAGACAGCUGGAAGAGACCAGAGAAGAGAUGCAACGAAAACAAGAAGCCUGGGAGAAAGAACGAAGAGAAGAGCGAGAGAAACAAAGACAAGAAGAUGAAAAGAGACGACAGGAGGAGGAAGAAAGAAUCGACAAACUGCUGGAAAGUUACAAACAAGAAAAAAUAAAAUACGAAAACAACAAAUUACAAGAGGAACAAAUAAGAAGAGAAAUGGAAAUAACAGAGAACAAUCAUCAGAAAACACUGGAGGACCUAAAGAAGAGCUAUGAAAGAAAAGCCAGACAGAAAGCAGAAGAGUUCAACGAAUCCCAAAAGAAACACAUGGAUGAAUUAAAUGCUCAGCGGGAAGAACACGUGAAGGAAAUGAACGACUUAGUGAAACGUGUGACCAAGAAGAGCGAAAACCUGAGAAAGAUCAAAUAUCUAGUGGAAAAACAUGAAAAACAAAUGAGGGAUGCAAAAACUGAGGAGGACAAGGAAGAACUACAGGAAGAACAUGAACAACAAUUAAGUGAAUUGAUGCAAAAAAUCUUAAGUAAGGAGGUCAGUGACGCGUCAGGCUGCAGCAUUUUGUGACGAGAAAUGAAUGAUUUCAGUUGUUUUUCUUUCAUUUGUACUGGGAAAAAACGUUAAAGAAGCACCGAUUUGUUGUUCUGCAUGUUUUAAAUGUUUGGGAUUUCCUCACAACAGCAAAUAAUUCUGACUGGGUGUCAUCGAACCUGCCUUAAACACAGUGUCGGACUCCAGUCUCACCAUUAAACCACAAGUCACUAUCCCAACAUUACCAAAGCUUCUGACUGGUUAAACUAACUCCAAAGACUGAAUAGGUAUUCGUUACUAAAAGACUCACGUGGAACCAGCAUGUUCCACUCUGUCUCAGCUCAUUAAUCUGCCACCUGGCAGAGUGGAAGCUAUGGUCAGUGUUUUUCCAGCAAAUAAAUGUUUUUAUCAUAAUUUACUUCAAAAUAGAAACAGAGUAUAAGUUGCAAUGAUGCAGGAAAAAGAAAUUAUUUUCAAAUAAGUAAAGAACAGAACAGUUAUCAGUGUGACUUUGUCAUUCUAAUGUUAUCAUUGUGUGUAUGUUUGUGUGGGUGGGGGUAUUAAAUGUUUGAUCACAAAGAAAGACGACACACAUUUGGUGAUCAGGUACCUUUAUUCUUGUCUUUUUUUGAAGUUAUGAAUCAAAUAAUUUUUCCUGGGCUGAGCUCUUUAAGUACCAGGAUGUUCAUUUAAGUUGUUAGUUUUGCUCUGUACUGCACUGUAAGUUGAAUCAGUCAUUUUAAUCUUUUCUGAUUUGUUGUUUUCUGUAAUGUUUGGUAAAAAUCUGGAGAGUGUGUGAUUUGAUUUCUUGUAUUUUAUUGGGAAUAGUUCUAUUUUUAUUGUGUUUAUUUGUUUUGGGUUUUUUCAUACAUGUUGUGUAAUCAGUAAUUAUCGAGUUUUAUUAUAAAAUCUCUCAUUAUUUUUUAUUAAAUAGUCAGGUAUAUGACCGUAAAGUUUAGAUAUUAUUUAUGCCUCUGCAAUAUCUAAUUAUAACAACAUUUACUCAAUUAUCAUUGAACAUAAUCAGAUACAGUAGAUAAUAUUUGACUUUAUUUUGAUAAAUGUCAAAUAUAAAUUCUUUGCUUCAUAAUUAGUGACAUAACGAAGAAUAACAGUAUUUUAUGCAUCUGUUGAUUUUCCAAAUACUGAGUGUUUCCCUGUGAUUCGUGUGGAUGGUACUUAAAUGAUGAAACAAAGCAUCUUCAUUCAAAUUUUGAUUUCAUGUUUUCUUUAAUUUCAUUGAAGAUCUUGUCAAAUCAAACUGAUCUUCCCAAUCCCCACACCCACUCUGACACAUGUGUUUUGCAGCAGUUUAAUUUCUGUCUGUCAGCAGCAUUAGCAUGGAACGUAGUGCAUUGCAGUUAUCACAGAUCCAUAAAACUUUCGAAUUUGUAACUGGUGCUAUGGACUUGGUGGGAAAUGUGCUUUCUGAGUGGAUUUUUUUUUUCUUUUUUUGAACAGUUACAAAGCGAGUUUAAGACCUAAAAUAAUUCGAAAUUGUUUGAAUGUGUAGCUACAUUUGCAGCCUGAUGCUCUCAGUAAUCAGCCUCAGUUUCUACAGUAAUGAUUCAACUCAGCACUAAAUGCGUGAGCAGCUCUCCACUUAGUCUAUGCUGGCAGUAGUGCUAGAUGGUCACAUAGAGGAAGCAUUAAGGCUAUGAGCUGUUCAAUAGCAAGUUCUAUAUAACACAUAGAGGUGGUGCAGGAAUAUCAAUAUAAACACUGACAUUGACUUGAGCAUGAUAUUUUAAAUCUUUUUGAAACUAUAAUUUCAUUCAGUGUCUUGAUCUUCAUCAUAUUUAUGUGAGUCUUUGAUUAUUGCCAAAGUCCUUCUAGCAGCAAACCCCGCCACUUAGCAACCAUCUUUAAUCACCCCUGAACAAUUUUUUAAAAUAUCAAAAUCUAUUUAAACACCAGGAUGUUAAAUCUGCAAAUGCAUUUCUCCCUUUAAAGUUCUACUUCUACCAGCUUUGCCAUUCUUCCAUACAUUUCAAUUAAGAAUUUUUUUAGUGCCGUAUUUCUGUCAGGAACCAGACGAGCUAUAUUGAGAAACCAGUUGUGAUAUUCCUGCUGCUGUAAAGAUCAGUGAGUCCAUUUAAACCUAAAAAAAAGAAAGAAUUCAUCAGAUAAUCAUUGCAAUUGUUCAAUGAAACAAGCCGUAAAAAUAGUGACUGUUCAUUAAAGAUCAAACACUGAGUUACAAUAAUUCACUCAUUCUGUCAUUUACUGAACAGAAACAGUGAGCAGUUACAUGUGUGCUGCAUUAGGCCCAAUCAUACUGAAAGAAAUAAUUCUUACAGACUGCUGAAUACUUGAUUUCUUGGCUAUGACCAUUUGUGCUGUGACACCUUUGUUAGGUAUUUGUAUAGCAAUGACGAGGCUGGACAAUGAGGAAGGCCAAAAAUGGAUUCCUUCAUUGGUGUAUUAUAAUAUGAAACUUAACUCCCUUUGCAUGUUUAACCUGAUAACAGGUUGACCCUCCCCCAAUUCAAUUAUCAUUGCACUCUUUCUAUCCUCACCUCUGCUUACACUAUAGUCGGGAAUAUAUUCCAUUUAAGUCAUUGACUUUCAAAAAAUGCUCUAAAACUCUCUUGAUUUAGAGAGUUGCUCUUAAUUUGAGGAUAGAACUAAUUCACUGUUAUCUCUCAAAUGACUCUGUAUAUAUUCACUAAAUAUAUAUAAUGUUCUCUCCCUUUUGUACAGUUGAGGAGCGUGUCAGGGUACAUUUCACUGCUUGUUAUACUUGUAUAACUAUGCAAGUGACAAAUAAAGAAUCUUGAAUAUGA